GUAUACCAUAUUCUCAAAUUUCUCUUCGUGUCGUCGCAAAUAAAAACCUUGUAAAAUCAUCGAAAUGGUGGCGUACUACGACGAGUGCGACGCAGCCGAGAACCCCAAGACCCUGACCGACUGGGUCCGUAACUUCCGCGUUAAGCGCCAGAAAAUGCGUCGCAAGUUGAGAGGCGCUGGUAGCGACCUACGCGUGAACGCCAUUUUGUCGACGGCCCUGCUCCACGCGGAGCACGAGCUGCGUAGAAAGCAGCAGGAGCGCUUCAGCCGCUGGCUGGAUAUUCAAACACGGUUUGUGCCCCACGGCAGAACGCACUGCGCCAGUGACGCGUACUCUGCAGUGGCGACCUCGACCACCAAGGCUGCCGCAGAAGCAGAGGCGGAAAACAAUUUAUGGAGCAGCGAGCUUAGUAGCCUCGACAGUUUUAUGCGUAGCUUGAGCAGCAACAAUGGCAACCAAAGCACCAGCAACAACAAUAACAAUGGGAGCAACAGUUAUACGGGCGCCAGCAAUAACCAUAACACCAACAAUGAGCAGCACAGCUGCGCCAUUGCCGUGGCCAGUUAGUUAGACAGAGACGACCGUAUGGUGCGCACUUUAUGUGUAUGCACGGCUGACACACGCAUCUAUAUAAACAAAAUGGCGUCAGGAUGGGAAGAACAGUUUGGUUUUCAGCUGCCCGUUCGAAUCAAAUCGUAUACCAUUGUUCAAAUACGUAGCUUUAGCCCUAUUUGUCUUCUGUUAAAAUAGUUUUAUUACGACAACCAAUUUCUCAUUUGCAGUCGCAAACAUGUGCAAGGCUGUUGUAGAUUGUAAA